GCCUGUUUGGCGCGUCGUGUGAUGAGCUCAACUUUCUUUAGCAGUUGUGAAUCGUGCAGAUGGAAGGCUGUAUUGAAACAAUAUGAACGUGUACUUGAAACUAAGGCGGAGAAAAGUCGUAAACGUCAAGAAAUGGUUUACCUAGACAAUUGGUUUCAGAAGGAACUACCGUCUAUAAUAUUGCAGAGAGAUCCGAAACAUGUUACAAGAGACGAGCUAAUUAGACUCAUGGAGUGGAAACUUACUAGAGGUAAAUUCCGGCCUCGACUUAGCCAACUGGUGAAGGAGAACAGUGAAGAAUUAGUUGUGGAAGUGAGCACAAAUGCAUUAAAGAAAGCAGCUGUUGAUCUGAAAGCAGCCAUCAUCGAUCUGACAAGAUUGAAAGCUGUAGGUCCAGCAACAGCAUCAGCUGUAUUAUGUGCUGGUGCACCAGACGUUGCUCCAUUUCUUGCAGAUGAAUCAGCAGCUGCAGUGUCUGGCCUCAAUAAGGUUGAAUACACACUCCCAUAUUACCUCGAAUAUGCCAAGACAGUAUGCGAUAAAGCUGAAGAUUUGAAAAAACAAGAUCCAGAGUAUGGUUGGAAUGCUCAUAAAGUUGAGUUGUCACUGUGGACUUUCAAGACAGCAAACCAACUUGGGUUUGAUAUUAAAGAACAAGAAGGAACAACAGAGGACAGAAGGAAGAGGAAGCACACAGAUGACAGAUCACCAAAAGCAGCCAAAAGAAAAGUAGUGUGUCCAAACUUAGAGACAGACACUUGAGCAGCUGAAAUUCAGCACUACAUACAUACAUACUGAAAAAAAUAGUUCAAUAAUUUCAUUGAAAUCUAGUUACUAAGUAUUUAUGGUGCUAGUGCACAUACAA